AUGUUGGGCCUCCGGCGCGUUUUCAAGUCACUUGAGGAGGUCCAGACCGCGGAGCGAGAUGGUGCGUGGACGCAGAAUAUGACACAAACACGAGGGAUGUACUCCUCAUUACAGUCAAUUCUGCGCGGCGAAACCCCUGGGAGUAGUCCUGCUGGAAAGUUUUCACCACAGGAUGCGACAGCGAAAAUAGCGGUUCGGUUUGACGCAGCGCAGGAGAGUAGUGAAGCCCAGCAGGCACGAGCAUCUAGAGAGUCAGUCAGCGCAGCAUUGCCUGCAACAGGUAGUCUCCAGUGCGUUGAGGAAGCUGGUCUGAUAGAAUUCGACUCCAGUCAAGGACAGGCUCUCUUUCGAAGGGGCUCAGCGCUUGCUGCCAAGCCGCAGCCUCAAGUUGAAACCCUCAUCCUCGAGGAGAGAAACGAGAUCAAGAAUAUCAUGCUGGGGUUGCGACGUGUUUACAAGUCCGUGGAGGUGGACAAGAACAGUGACUCGAGCCGAGCGGAGAAGAUCGAACGAACUCGUGCCCUGUAUUCAACUCUUCAGGUUCGCCUGCGGCAGGUUAAACCUGCUCCGCCACCUGCUAAGUCGCCGCCACACGAAGAGGUAAUAUUUGACACUCGGCUCACAGUCUCUUGUUAUGUAACAUAAAGAGUUAGCAACGGUGGAUGCGCAAGCGCAAUAGUUGCACCUCUUAAACUUGAUAAUGUUCCUGGAGAGAUGUUUGGUACUAUACUUACUGUAAGUAAAAGCGUCGUCCUCCGACGAUUUGGUCCGCCUAUAUCUGAAAACCUAAUAUCAUACCGCUAGUGAAUCUGAAUUCCCUUCUUGUUACUCGCUUGCGUUACUUCUUUUCAGGUCGGAAGGUAUGCAAGAGCUUCGUCUCCAGCACUGGACGCGGCAGCACCGCAAGCGCAAGCAGUGGCAGAGCGCCUGCAAGCGGAUCUAGAAAGUGUGGAGAUUGUGGUAAGUGAUAGCGCUUCCGCUCUGCGACAAAGCCGGGUUAGCGGUAAGUCACCAGCCUUACGUGUGAAGGCUCGGCCAAGUCGUAAAGUGGAGGUAGAAAGAAGCGCCAACACCAAUGUUGCUUCUCCUGGAAUGGGACAAGCACAAGCCAAACAGCGAUCGCGCGAUUACGAACAGGGGGUCUCGUCAUCCGCGUCGACGUCGUCUGCCGCGGUGGGAGAGAAAAGGACAAGCGCGGCAACCAAGAGUAGACAGAGUGCUGCUCGAGGUACUCUAUCUUCCGUGCAACCCGGAAUGACACGCGCUUCGCUUAUGCGCAUGGAAGCCGCGCGGGCCAAACGCGCCCAAGACGACCAAGCAGCCGAAGAACAGAGAGCUGCGGAAGAGUCCCAGUCGUCGACCUCUGCGAGGGCAACGGAGUCUAGCGUGCGGGCGGCCGGUAGUGUAAAGAGCCCAAUGAACUUGAGUAAGAGCGGACGCAUAUCCCGACUGGAAGAGCCGGAGCGGGCUGGAAGCGCAACUGGACCUGGAGCAGCGACACGGGGGGCUCUGUCAAUUCGCCAAACUGGUCGUGUAAGCACCGCGAUAGCUCAAGACGCUCAUGCGCCCGAGCAAGAGCGGGAGUCAGAACGUGCUGCGGCGCUAGCUCUUCGGGAGAGUGGACGAGUUUCGCGAUAUGAAGACCAGGCUUCCUCUGCUCCGGCCGAUGGACCUACAAAUGCGAAUGCUAGCCGGCUACGUAGACUCUCUUCCAGUGACUCUGCACCAUUGCAUGCAGAAGAAGAAAAAGAGGACGACUUGGCUGAAUCGCUAGCAUCCGCUAAGCCGGACGAGAAAGUACCAGCCUCAGCCGUCAAACCACAAAGUCCUGUAAAACUUUUGCGGUCGGUGAUUGAGACGAACGAAGCCUUGUCAAGAUUUGAGCAGCAGGACUUGGCGAGUGCUUGUAGCACCUCCAAGAUGAAGAUGACGCAAGCGCAAGAAGAGGAACGGCUUCGAACAGUGCGGGCUCGCCUGGUGGCGCUGUCAGAGCGCGUAACCGCGCUAUCCGACGAGUUGGACAGUCGUGCGGACACAUUAGAUGACGCACUACGACAAAAACUUUACACCGUGGUCACAACUGCUUUUCAGAAGACGCAAUCUUCGCAUGCUCGUCUGCGUGAACUGGAUCUGCGUGCGGAGGAGCGUGCGAAGCUUCACGCCGACGUGCACGCAGCAAAGAAAAAGCUCGUAUACACGUCCUCACAGAGGCGCGUCGUCGGCGUCCUCGGCCUCGUAGCGGACAGCACCGAGGAGAAGGAAGAAAAUUCCAAGCUGGAAGAAGUCCGUCGAACGCUGCAGGAGCUAGAGGUUGCGGUGGAGGCCCCGCUGCCGUCUUCUUCGGAGAUCGAGGACGGCAAUAGAAAUGAUGCGGUUGCCAGCGUCAAGGGUGAAACCAUUGCAUCGAAGUGUCAGGAGGCGACAGACGCUCUCGACGAAAUUCAAAGAGCCAUGUCGCUCCGGUCCUCUGCAGCUAUGCAGCGUGCUACUGGUGGGAGUGGGGCCUUGCGCAUGAGCGGCGGAUCGUCGGGGUUUUCCCGCGGUUCAUCUAAACUCGAAAACGCUACAGAGCGGGAGCGCGACUCUUUCGAAUUUAUGGCUCAGGUCCUCGACGAAAUGAUUGAGACUGAUGCAAGAAAGUCAGUUGCGCGGAGUAAAAGCGCGAUUUCGUCCGGGAGCAAAACUACAACUACGGACGACAAUACUGCAUCGGCGUCAAAACAAGUUGUAGUGGCAGACGCUGGGGACUCAACACAACGGGCGAGCGAC